UCUACUUCGUCUUGUUGCGCCUCCCAGUCACUAAGAAGUUUUAUCACCCACCGUUGACUCCUCUGUUCUUGCAUCUCAAACCAUAGAAAAAUGAACAUAUCAGUCUAUGGAGAAUCGGCAAGGAGGAGAACAUUUUGGGAAACCUCGAUCCAAGUGUAGUUAUUGUCAUAAACUUGGACACACUCGUGAUAUAUGUUACGUUUUGCAUGGUCCACCACCCAAUUAUGAUCCUAUUGCUCUAAAGGAAUAUAAUAAGUUCCUUCGGAAUCGCGCAAGUAAGCAAACAUCUCCACAAGUAACAUCUGUUGCCCAGCCUAAUCAAACAUCCAAUAAUGCUCAUAUUGCUCAGACAGAAUAUGAUGAGUUCCUCCAGUAUCGAGCAAGUAAGCAAACAUCUCCUCAAGUAGCUUCGGUUGCUCAACCUGAUGCUUCUAUUGUGGGUAAUUCUUUUGCUUGUGUUUCAUAGUCUAGUAUUCUUGGAUCAUGAGUCGUGGACUCAGGUCCAGGCUCUUCUGAUCAUAUCUCUAGAAAUAAAUCACUUAUGUCUGAUA